GAGACCAGAGAGAGAGAGAGGGAAGGCAGACAUAGGCAGCCAUGGAUGAAGAAGCAGAAGCUCCAUCAGUGCCAGUUCAGUUCGCUCUGAAAUCUGUGUCCAACAACAAAUAUCUGUCGUUCGUUGGUGGGGAGAAAGAUGAGUUGUUCGGAUAUCUGCAGUUCUGCGCAGAUCAAGCGGUGAGCCCAUACACAAAAUUCGAGAUCGAAAGUUCAAAAGUUGGGAAGGGAUUGGUGCACAUAAGAUGCUGUUACAACAACCAAUAUUGGGUUCUGAGCUCUCAAUCGUCUCAUUAUAUUGUCGCCGGAGCCAAAACAACCGAUGAAGAUCAGACCAAAUACACUUGUACCUUAUUCAGGCCCAUUUUCGAUGAUAAGCAAGGUGCCUUUCGGUUUCGAAACGUUCAUCUCGACCGCAACAUGCACCUGCACGCCCAAGCUUACGGAUCACACAGAAACUGUGUGUUCGCAAAAAGCUCAACACCAGAAAGGGAUCGAUCCGAUCUAGCAACCGCGGUGGAUUGGAACUCCCUUUGCAUUCUCCCCAAAUAUGUAGCUUUCAAGGACGAAAACGGCCACUAUUUAAGACCCCAUGAACACAUUGGUGGCAACAUCUACGUCCAAUCCUCAGGCUCAGAUGUCUCAGACCCAGGACUCAAACAUGAAAUCUUGUCCACCCCAGAUGGCCAUAUUCGCAUAAGAAAUGUCCCUUACAACAAGUUCUGGAGUUAUGACCCCAAUUGGAUAAUGCUCAAAAGUGACGACAAAACCUUGUUUUGGCCUGUCAAAGUUGGAGACAGCGCUGUGGCGCUGCGCUGCAAGGGCAACAAUCACUUCGUCAAGAGUAUCACAGCAGAUGGGAAGGAUGAUUGUCUCAAUGCUUGCCUCACCAAUAUCACCGACGCGGCGAAAUUCGAAGUAACUGAGUUGGUGCUUUCCAGGGACAUUUACAACACCAAUUUUCGCCUCUCCGAUGCCAGGAUCUAUAAUGAGAAACCCAUCGUCGUGACCAGCGGAGUUGUCGAGAAUCUUAAGGAUGUCGCCGACAAGGUAAGCGUGAAACUGUUGUAUGAAGACACCGUAACGAAAACUUGGAGUUCUUCUGUGUCCACAAACCUUGGGGUUAAAGUCACACUCGAAACUGGUGUGCCUUUGAUUGGUGAAAGCGAGAUUGAAAUUUCAGCUGAGAUUGGCGAAGAACAUGCGUGGGGCGAAACGCAGCAGAACAAGAAUAUAAUAGAGGUUACUCACGACAUCAUUGUUGCUCCACGGUCCAAAGUUAAGGCUGGUAUAAUGGCAACUCAAGCUACUUGUGAUGUUCCUUUCUCGUAUACUCAGCGCGAUAGGCUGAUGGAUGGAAGAGCGGUUAUUCAGCGCCUCGACGACGGUAUUUUUACCGGGAUCAAUAGCUACAACUUUCAGUUUGUGGCGGAAGAAGUUGUGGCGUGAGGUGUUAGAGGUUUGGUUUUUAACUUCUGUGUUCAGUUAAAAUUCACUCAAUGUGUGUACCUUUGGGGUUAAUUGAGUGAAUUUUGUUAAAUAAAUGUAAAAGAGAACUCAUGCAUCUUUGCUUUUUACUUCUUGUGUGUUUCUUGUAAUGGUUGGAGUUCGUAGUUGUGUUGUAAUUACUAGAAAUAAAAUGAUGUGUUGUCUUA